AAAUUUCUCAUUCUUUCAGAUUCUCAUAAUCAUAGCAGUUGUGUAUAUGGGUAGCAGCAGCAACAAUUUGUUCCCUUCAGCAUCGCUCACCGCCAGUGGCCGCCCCGUGCUUCUUCCCAACGAGCUCGAAUCUCAGCUACUCUCCGCCGUCGAUCUCGAAUCGGAAGACGACCGUCUCAAUUUGAAAUCAGGUGUCCUUAUCCUCACAACCCACCGCCUCCUAUGGCUCCCCUCCACCAAUCUCACCGCCAUCGCCAUUCCUCUCUCCGCCAUCACCCACAUAUUCUCUUCAAAACCAUCUCUCAAAUCGAUCUUCCAUUCACCGCGCAUUCGUUUCCAGGCCUCUCUCAACUCCAAGAGCGUGGUGGUCACGCUGGUGGUCCGAGGGAAGGGCGAUUGCGACGGGUUUUUGGCCAAGCUGUGGGAGAAUUGGAGGGGGAGGGCUUGGGAGGCUCAGUCUGGGGCGGCUCAGUCUGGGGUUUCGAGUUCUAGUUCGAGUGGGUUUUAUUCGAGUGAUGGGUCGGUGAGAAUGGUGGGAGUAGCGGGGAUACUGAGGAAAGAGCAGCAGAUGUGGGAGACUACGGAUAAGAGCUUGCAUGAAGCUUUCCAAGACUUGAACGCACUCAUGAGCAAGGCCAAAGAGAUGAUGAUGUUGGCCGAAAAGAUGAGGCAAAAGCUUUUGUCUGCCUCAAACUCUCAAAGUAGCUCUGUUAAUGAUGAGGAAAUGGGUUCUAAAGAGGAGAUGCAAGAUUGGUUGUUGAGUGUUGGUAUCAUAUCUCCAGUUACUAAAGAGUCUGCAGGAGCCUUAUAUCAUCAACAAUUGUCCCGACAGUUGGCUGAUUUUGUCAAAAUUCCUUUAGAGAGAGCUGGAGGGAUGAUCAAUCUUAUAGAUAUUUAUUGUCUUUUUAAUCGUGCUCGGGGAACAGAGUUGAUCUCACCCGAGGAUUUGUUGCAAGCAUGUACUCUCUGGGAGAAGUUCGAUGUACCAGUCAUGCUUCGAAAAUUCGAUAGUGGAGUGAUGGUGAUUCAAAAUAAGUCGCACAGUGAUGAGAAGAUAUUUGAUCGAAUCAAAUCCCUUGUCAUGAAGCCUGAUGUUCUUGGAGUUGGACUAACUGCCAGUGAUGCUGCAAUGUCACUGGGUAUUGCUCCAGCUAUGGCUAAGGAGCAUCUUCUAACUGCUGAAAGCAAAGGUUUACUAUGCAGGGAUACAAGCCCUGAUGGCUUUCGCUUUUACAUUAACCUCUUUCCCGAGAUCAGUUCUGAUGAUAAAUUCUUGGUGAAAGAUGAUAGCAUUUAUUAUUUAUGGGUUAGAACUGCGUCGGCUUCUUAGGGACCCUUUCUUUCCCCCAUGCUGGGAGCCAUUUCAGGUUGCAGGUUACAGAUUUGAAUGAAUGCAUCGAGUUCCAGAACAAUGGAGUUGUACAACGCCUGCCUGAUCUCAUCUCAUAUGAGACAAGUGUAAUUCUAUUAUUACUGUCAAUUUUUGAAGCUUGCAACUUUUAUUAUCCCCAAAUUAAGCAAGCAAAAGCAUAAUGGCCUGCUCCAAUAUCGUUUUGGCAAAGUAUUUAUUUGCAAAAAAUACUUGGCAGAUGAUUCAUUUAUUUCUUCUUCUCUCUGAAAAUAUUCAUUUUAUUCCAA